GACAUUUCAAAACGUUUUCAAUGCAUGCGAAUUGGCCGUGGUGUUUGUUUUAUUUAUAUUUUGUUAGAGGAAAAAAUUGUCAAUUGUGUACCAAGAAUUUGGAAUUAUGAGCGAUAAUAAGCGGACCGUUUAUGUCGGUGGGUUAGCGGACGAAGUUACGGAACAAUUGGUUAACGAUGCAUUCAUUCCAUUCGGUGAUAUCGUUGAAAUCCAAAUGCCGGUUGACUACGAGUCACAAAAACACCGUGGAUUCGCUUUUGUAGAAUUUGAAACAGCCGAAGAUGCUGCGGCGGCCAUCGAUAAUAUGAACGACGCCGAAUUAAUGGGCCGUACGAUUCGAUGCAACAUAGCCAAACCACAGAGAGUGAAAGAAGGCAGCACACGACCGGUUUGGGCAAGUGAUGAAUGGUUACAAAAGUUUUCCGGUGCUACGCUUACUGUUGACAAACAAGAAGCGACACCAACCACGAAAACCACGGAGAAAUCCAGUGAGAAUGGAUCCAGCGACACGAUACCUCAAAGCGAAGAAGUUGCACCAAAAGCAGAGACAGAACCUGAGAGCAAUGAACCAAAACGUAAUCCGCAGGUUUAUUUCGACAUCAAAAUUGGAUCGCACGACGCUGGUCGAAUCGUUAUUUUGCUUAGAGCAGAUAUUGUACCAAAAACAGCCGAAAAUUUCCGCAGCCUAUGCACACAUGAACAAGGCUUCGGUUACAAAGGCAGUACAUUCCAUCGAAUUAUUCCAGAAUUUAUGUGCCAAGGGGGAGAUUUCACCAAUCACAAUGGAACCGGUGGCAAAUCGAUUUACGGGAAAAAGUUUGCUGACGAAAAUUUCAUAUUGAAGCAUGGUAACUUUGGAAGCCUUUCAAUGGCAAAUUCCGGACCGAAUUCGAAUGGCUCACAGUUUUUCAUCACAACGACCAAAACGGAUUGGUUGGAUGGUAAACACGUUGUCUUCGGUCAUGUCAUCUCUGGAGCUGAGGUCGUACGGAAAAUGGAGAAAAUUGGAUCCAAAAGUGGCUCUCCUUCACAAAAAGUUUCCAUUUCUGCUUGCGGCGAAUUAAAAUAACAUCUCUUUUUUUGUAAAAACAAUUUUAAUUUCCCAUAAAAAAUUAAGUAAACAAUUGGAA